AUGUCUCAUGCAAGCCUUGAAAGGCAGUUGUUAAUGGCGCAAACGACAAAUACCGAGUUGGAGAAGAAGUUGUUGCAGAAAGACCUUCAAAUUGAGAAGCUGGAGAGGGACAGGCGGUGGUUGUCGGAUAGGGAGAAGGAGGAGAGGGAGGAAAAGGAUAGGGAACGCGAGACCCAUGAUGAGGACAAGAGACGAUCGGAUGCUGAGCUGAGGUCAAUGCGUAGCUCACUAACAGCUACACGCGAAGAACUAGUCGACUUGCAAGACGCGCACUCAGCCUUGUCUCGAAGCACAUCCCAAACCAUCGCCUCGCAAAAAUCCCAAAUCGCCACUCUCACUCGCCAGACGACGAUUCUCGAAGAAGAGCUUUCUCACGCAAAGGCCACUGCCGAGGACCGUAGCAAGGCACUGACGGAACUCCAGCUUCAACAUGACGAACGACCCACUUCGUCCGACGUCACCUCAGACUCCUCAGAUGACAUGCGCAUCGUAAGAGAGGAACUACACCGGCAAGCUGCAUAUCACCGGACCCUCGAGUCAACCAACGCCCAUCUCACAGCGGAGCUGGCUGUGCUCAGAGAGCGACACGCGAGUGUAGAGGUGUUGCGGGAGGAGAAACGCGGUUUGGAGAAGAAGCUGAGCGUGUUGGAGGAGAUGAGGGAGCGAGUGGUGAGGCUGGAAGCGCAGGUUGAGGCUGGGAGACGGGAGAGGGAGGCAUGGGCCAAGACGGAGACGGAUAGCGUGCUCAGUCAGACUUUGUCGGAUUUGAGGCUUACCCAUGCGCGGCUGUUGGAAGAGCAUGGGGGCACGGUGGCGCUUUUGCGGAGCCGUGAAGCGGAGAUUUUGGAUUUGACGAGGAGGGAGGAGGAGGCGCUGGUUAGUGUUGGUGAGCUGCAGGAUGCUUUGAGGAAGGCGAAGGACGAGGUGUCGAGGCACCAGACUCGGGCGGCGUUGGCUGAUAGAGAGGUUGGGUUUACCAAGGCGCUCUUGGCUAGCUACAAGGCUGAAGAAGAAGUACCCAUGGCGCCCGACUCGCAGCUUGAGUCAUUACUUGAAGAGUACAAAACUACAAACGCCGCAUUAUUGAGGCAAGUCAAGGAAAACUCUUUUACGCUGGAGUUGGAUAAGGAACGACAAGAAAAGGCCGCACUCCAACAAGAACUUGAUCAACACUUCACAAAGAUCGAAGCCCUCGAACAGACCCUAUUCGAACUCUCGGGCGAAAUUGCCGGAGGGAGACACGUCCCUCCCAAAACGCGGGUUCUCUGCCUGAAAGAGAACCCGGACCAGCAGUGGGUGGAUCUCCGACAAGCCGCUAUGGACCGGUUGAAAAGCGAGAAUGAGGCUCUGCUGAAGCGGUUGAAGGAUCUUGAGGAUACUGGGGUGAGAUUGGGAGGAGCGGAGGAGGACCUCGUACCGAGGGAGAGCUGGGACCAGGUCGUCAGGGAGAAACAGGACCUUGAAGGCGAGGUUAAGCAGAAGGAGAAGCGAUUGUUGAGGCUUCAGCAGAUAUUCACCUCGAAGAGCGCCGAAUUCAGAGAAGCCAUCGCCUCCAUCCUCGGACUAAAGCUAGCUUUUUACCCAAACGGACAAGUACGCGUGACGUCCACUUACGACCUCAAUGCGUCUUUCGUGUUCCAGCCUACGUCCAACACGGGCGGGAUGAAGAUGCAGCUUGUGGCGCAGGGUGAAGGGGGUCCGCAGGAUUUACCGAAUUUGAUGCAGUAUUGGAUUGAGACGGAGCAGUGUCCGCCUGGGUUUAUGGCGAGUGUGACGUUGGAGUGUUAUGAUAAUUGGAAGCGGAGUGGCGCGGGGGUUGCUAAUGGUUGA